AUGCAGGUAAAUAUUUCGCCCGGGCUCCCGAGCCCUAUAGUAUCGUCCGUAUCUAUACCCGAGAUUUCCGUUUUACUCUUGAUUGAGGACUCCAGGAUUGAGUUCGGAUUGGGCGAGAUUUAUCACGGGAAUCAACUUGUCUUAUCAAAAACAUGUACCCUGAAGCCAGAUAAAGGACCUUGCAGAGGAGGCAUUGAGAUGUAUUACUUCGAUGUUUCUACAUCAAAUUGUUCCACUUUUGCAUGGGGUGGCUGUCAAGGCAACGGCAAUAGAUUUAAUACUCUUGGCGAAUGUUUAGACAAAUGUUUGAGCAAAAAAGGAUCAAAAAAACCUCGUCCAAAAUUUUGCGCUCUUACAUAUGACUAUGGAUAUUGCUUUGGUGCUCUAGAAAGAUGGUACUAUGACAACAUAUGGAAAAUGUGCAAAAAAACUAUAUAUUCGGGAUGUGGUGGUAAUGAUAACAACUUUCUGUAUAGAGAUCAGUGUGAAUCAGUAUGUCUAUUUGGUAAAGGCUUUAUUAAAAGUAAAAGAACUACAAAAGAACAUCUUAAGAAGGUGUUGAUUAUAAACCCUGAGACUAAAGGAAAAUACCAAGCAAUUUUUGGUGACGAACGUAAGUCAGCUGGUAAUAGUGCACCGGCUAGCAAAACUGGUGCUGAGAGUGUAACCCCUGGUCAACCCGCUGCUGAUGGUCCACAUAAUGGUGUAUCCGAUACUGAUGGCAAAUCCAGUGCUAAUGAUAAACCCAGUUCUAAUGGUAAACCUAGUACUACUGACUCUAAUCCCUCUGUGACCAGUUCAAUUACCUAA